GGCGAGGGCGUCGAGAAGGAUCAGGAAGCGCUCGAGGGCUCAGGGGUGUGUCACUACAUCUAUGUCGACAAUCUUGGGAUUCUCACGUGUGAUCCUGCCCAUACGGCGUCCAUCCUGUCCGACGCAGCCAGCCGUUUCGAGAGCGCGGGCUUGGUGACCCACGAGCACGAGGUGAGCGUCACAUCUUCGAAGGCCCUGGGAACUCAUCUGGAUCUGGUGGGGCUUGGGGUCUCGUUGUCACCAUCACGCUUGUGGAAAGUUCGACAGGGAGUCCUGUUUGCCUUGUCGUGUCGGAAGUUACCGGGCCGUGUCUGGGAAGUGUUGCUUGGGCAUCUCACCUUCUGCGCCCUGAUCAAUCGGAGCAUGAUGAGUGUGUUCAGAAGCAUCUACGCCUUCAUAGGUAAGUACUAUGCCACUCCCAUGCCAUUGUGGGACACAGCGAGGCAGGAGAUGCUGGCCGCGGCCUCCCUGCUCUUCUUGAUGGAUGCCUCUUGGUCGUUGCCCUGGGCCCCAAAUGUCGUGGCCACGGACGCGUCGGAGGAGGGGUUCGGGGCCGCCAUCUCUACCUGGGACCCCCGGGACGUCGCGACGGUGGGGAGGAUCAUGGAAAUGGGCCGCUUUCGGAGGCUUCCUGGAGUGUCGGCCCGGUCGCGCUUCUUCGGGGCCUUAGAGGAUCUGGAGUCCGAUCUGGGGGGCGACGACCUCGACCGACCAUAUGACGUCGACACGGGGUUCCCUGAGGUCCCUCACAGGCUGCUUUCGGAGGCCCGCUGGAGUACCCUACUGGCUGGCCCUUGGAGGUACUUUGACGAGGGCAUCUUUACCCUGGAAGCUAGGGCCCUGGUGCUAGGUUUUCAGGCCCUGGUGAGCGAGUACCAGGUCAGGAACGCCCGCUUGCUCUUCUUGGUUGACAACAUGGGGCUGAACAUGUUGGCUCACACGCUGAUCUUGGCUCUGUUCGCGAUCCCCCUGCUCUUCACGGACCGCCCGAAUGUGACGCUGAACCCGCCGGCUCCAGUCCUGGCGACGGCCCUCGGGUUCCAGGUCGACACUGGCUGCUUCGCGGGCCUCUCGGCGAGGCUGCCGAGGCGGGCGAGCCGGCGGGGCGGCCGCGUCGAGGUCCUGGGCGCAGACUGCAAGGGCCGCGGGGGGCUGCAGCAUGUCGGGAGCCUGACGCCGCCCGGGCUGAGCAGCUACAUGACAACGCCAGCGGCGCCGCGGUCGCGGGCACGGCAUCGGGGCACCUCGUGCGGCGGCCCCUCUGCCUCAUGGACCUGCUCGGGCUUCACACCAGCGAGCCGGACCCGCCGUGUGUUCGUGCUGAACAUGGGCAUCUACAAGCACAAGGCCAGGGUCUUCAACUUCUUCUUCAACAGCUACCCGCGCCAGUUUAUGGCGUGGGACACCUUACGGCGGCGCCUCCAUCCGCUGUUUCUGGGAAAGCUCUCCGACGCCGCCAUCGUCGCCGCCGGGAAGUAUUGCAUUUGGGCCAGGAUCAAGAGCAGGAAAAGGUGGAAGGCGGACCUACGCGCGCUAGUGUACCGCAGCACAAGCCUUGUCAAGCACACCUCCGAGCAGCUGCUGAUCGUCUCGUCGGCGUCUCACGGGUGCAAGCGGGAGCUCCCUCCCGGGCCCCCUUUGUGCGACCAGAUCGACCCCUCGGCCAGCGGACUGCCCGACAUCCUGAGCUCGGCCCCAACGAAUCGACGCCUUACCUCGCUGACCUUUUUGGGGGUGCAGGCGGAGUGGGUCGCGCAGCAGGUAGAUGCGUCGGUUUUUGACGCCUUGGAUCUGACACUUUUGAAGAACAUCCAGCUUCUCUGCUCAGAGGCCAAAGCACGCAAGUUAGUCGCAGCCAUGAUCGCUAUCGAGAGCGGAAAUCUCCAAGCUCAGCGAAUCCUCAAGUUCAUUCGGUACAUCCACGCUUUGGGUAUCCCUUGGGCCGUCGAGAAUCCCAACACCAGCAUCCUUUGGUGGGUUCCUGGCUAUCUGGCGCUCGCAAAAGACCCCAAGGUGUCUGUUAAG